AUGGUUCUUAGUGGAUUUGAAUUAACAUACCCUUAUUUAAUACAACGACAUAAAAAUUUAUAUACAUUAGAAUUUUCAUUUUGUGGAUUUUGUAGUCUUCAGUUUAUUCGUAUGCCAAGUCGUAUGACAAUUAUUUGUAUACCAUCAUUGAUAACAACAACACCAUCAUCUUUAAUUAUAAUAUCACCAUGUGAUCCGUUAGAUAAAGUACGUGAACUAUUGAAUGAAUUAGGACAAGUGAAAUAUAUAUGUUUAUCAAAUCGUCAUCAUUGUUAUUGGGCUAAAAAAUUUCAUUCAUAUUAUCCAUUAUCAACUGUUCUAGUAACACCGGGUCUACAAAAUAAUGAAUAUACAAAUCAUUUAAUAAAUGAUAAUAAAUUAUCGGAUAUUGCUAAUUGGCCAUAUGAACAUUUAUAUUAUCGUUUUAUACCUGGUAUGCCAUUGUUAGAUGAAGUUGUUUUUUAUCAUCGACAAUCACAGACAUUAAUUGUAACAGAUUUAGCAUUUAAUUAUUAUCAUGAUAAUGAGAGAGAUAAUGCUAAUAAACAAGAAAAUAAUGAUUAUGUAUUAAAUAAAACAAGUUUAUUAUUAAAAUUAUAUUUAACAUUAGCUGGUGGACGUCGUCGUUGUUGUUUAUCAUAUCCAUUUCGUUUAAUAAUUAAAAAUAUUCGUCAAUUAAAAUUUGAACUUGACUAUGUUAUAUAUAAUUGGAAUAUAAAAAAUUUAAUAAUGGCUCAUGGACAUCCCAUUAUGAG